AAUGCCGUGUAGUUAGUUGGGUUAGGGUUAGGGUUGACAAGAGGCAGCUUGAAAGUAUAAAAGCAGCGAGCGAGAGAGCUUGGUUGGCACUGAAACCCGGCGGCGAAACAAGUGACUGAAGCAAGCGAGAAUCACAAGAACCGAUGGCAUCUUCUGGACCAUUCCAACUCCUGCUGUCGAUAGUCCUGGCCUCAUUUGCAGCCAGUGAACCAAGACUUUGUGUGACUUCAGUGAAAGAAAUGCAGAAAUGUGGAACAUUCGUUGAUAUUACAUGUGUUCAAGGCUCCAAUGCUAGCGAUUGCCUGGAAAAAAUCGAAAACAAUUUGGCUGAUAUAACGAGCCUCGACGGAGGAAACAUUUACAAAGCUGGCAAGUGCUAUAAUCUAAAACCCAUUGUAGCAGAAACUUAUAAUGGUUUACCUUAUGGAGCAGGUUACUUCGCUGUAGCCGUAGCAAAGAAAAGCUCAAAUGUUACUAUCAAUACUUUACAAGGUAAGUAAUUUCCCAUAUUCAAUUCUUUUUUUUUUUU